GCGCUCCGCGCCUCCGCGAGCCCUCUCCCUGUGCCGAGAGCCGGUCCGAUUGGUACCAUGGCGGGCAUUGCAAUCAAACUGGCCAAGGACCGCGAGGCGGCCGAGGGCCUGGGGUCGCACGAGAGAGCCGUCAAGUACCUCAACCAGGACUACGAGAUGCUGCGGAACGAGUGCCUGGAGGCCGGGACGCUCUUCCAGGACCCUUCCUUCCCCGCCCUGCCGUCCUCUCUGGGCUUCAAAGAGUUGGGGCCCUACUCCAGCAAAACUAGGGGCAUCGAAUGGAAGCGGCCCACGGAGAUCUGCUCUGACCCCCAGUUCAUUAUUGGAGGAGCCACUCGCACAGACAUCUGCCAAGGAGCCUUGGGGGACUGCUGGCUGCUGGCUGCCAUUGCCUCCCUCACCUUGAAUGAAGAAGUACUGGCUCGGGUUGUGCCCCUAGAUCAGAGCUUCCAGGAGAACUAUGCUGGCAUCUUCCACUUCCAGUUCUGGCAAUAUGGUGAAUGGGUAGAGGUGGUGGUGGAUGACAGGCUGCCCACUAAGGAUGGGGAGCUGCUCUUUGUACACUCUGCUGAGGGGAGCGAGUUCUGGAGUGCCCUGCUGGAGAAGGCCUAUGCCAAGAUCAAUGGGUGCUAUGAAGCACUCUCAGGUGGCGCCACCACGGAGGGCUUUGAAGACUUCACAGGAGGCAUUGCUGAGUGGUAUGAGUUGAGGAAGCCUCCUCCCAACUUGUUCAAGAUCAUUCAGAAGGCUCUGCAGAAAGGUUCUCUGCUCGGCUGCUCGAUCGAUAUCACCAGUGCUGCAGAUUCGGAGGCCGUCACGUACCAGAAGUUGGUGAAAGGACAUGCGUACUCCGUUACCGGAGCCGAGGAGGUUGAAAGCUCAGGAAGCCUGCAGAAACUGAUCAGAAUCCGGAAUCCUUGGGGACAAGUAGAGUGGACCGGGAAGUGGAAUGACAACUGCCCCAGCUGGAACACAGUUGACCCAGAAGUGAGGGCAAGGCUAACUGAACGACAGGAGGACGGAGAAUUCUGGAUGUCCUUCAGUGACUUCCUGAGGCAUUAUUCUCGCCUGGAGAUCUGCAACCUGACCCCUGACACCCUCACCUGUGACUCCUACAAGAAGUGGAAACUCACCAAGAUGGAUGGGAACUGGAGGAGAGGCUCUACUGCAGGGGGCUGCAGGAACUACCCAAAUACCUUCUGGAUGAACCCUCAGUACCUAAUCAAGCUAGAGGAAGAAGAUGAAGAUGAUGAGGAUGGGGAGAGGGGCUGUACCUUCCUGGUGGGCCUCAUCCAGAAGCACCGGCGGCGGCAGAGGAAGAUGGGCGAGGACAUGCAUACCAUUGGCUUUGGCAUCUAUGAGGUUCCAGAGGAGCUCACAGGCCAAACGAACAUCCACCUGGGCAAGAACUUUUUCCUCACAACCAGGGCCAGGGAGCGGUCAGAUACCUUCAUCAACCUCCGGGAGGUACUUAACCGCUUCAAGCUGCCCCCGGGGGAGUACAUCGUUGUCCCCUCCACCUUCGAGCCCCACAAAGAUGGCGAUUUCUGCAUCCGCGUCUUCUCAGAGAAGAAGGCAGACUACCAAGUUGUGGAUGAUGAAAUUGAGGCCAACAUUGAAGAGAUUGACGCUAAUGAGGAGGACAUUGACGACGGGUUCAGAAGGCUGUUUGUGCAGCUGGCAGGGGAGGAUGCGGAGAUCUCUGCCUAUGAGCUGCAGACCAUCUUGAGAAGAGUCCUAGCCAGGCGCCAAGAUAUCAAGUCCGAUGGCUUCAGCAUCGAGACCUGUAAAAUCAUGGUGGACAUGCUAGAUGAAGAUGGGAGUGGCAAGCUGGGGCUGAAGGAGUUCUACAUCCUCUGGACGAAGAUUCAGAAAUACCAAAAAAUUUACCGGGAAAUCGACGUUGACAGGUCUGGAAACAUGAACUCCUAUGAGAUGAGGAAAGCCCUGGAAGAAGCAGGUUUCAAGCUGCCCUGUCAACUCCACCAAGUCAUCGUUGCCCGGUUUUCAGAUGACGAACUCAUCAUCGAUUUUAACAACUUUGUUCGCUGUUUGGUUCGGCUGGAACUGCUAUUCAAGAUAUUCAAGCAGCUGGACCCCGAGAACACUGGAACGAUACAACUCAACCUUCUUUCUUGGCUGAGUUUUACAGUACUCUGAUGUUACAUGCCUGAAGAUGUCUAAAAGAAGAAAACAGCCAAUGCCUAAACUUCCAAACACUUUGUAUUUGGAUCUUGAACUUAUGGGAACAUUUACUUAAAUGGAUGAUUAUACCUGAAGAAUAUAACCGUCUAAGAUAGAUGAAUUUUCACAUAUCAGAAUAAAACCAAAUGCAAAUGAAAUGCAUUAACCCUUGAUAAGCUUGAAGAAAGCUAUGUCUGUAAAUAGUAUAUAAUUUUUACUUCUACAUACUUUCCUGUUCUUAGCAAUAUUAAAUCAGAAAGGAAUGCAAAGAGGCAUUAAACAACUGGGCAAAUAGUAAGUCAAUCUCAGAGGCCACAAGGAAUUAGUGGGAAUAUUUUUUAAAAAAUUUAAAUUUUAAAACACAUCAGUGGCGCUGGGUGGGCGUUGGUGGUACAAGCCUUUAGUUCCAGCACUCAGGAGGCAGAAGCAGGCAGAUCUCUGUGAGUUUGAGGCUAGCCUGAUCUACAGAGCUAGUUCCAGUGACACAUCCUGAAGUAAUUUGAUGGAGACAUCUAAUGAAUCCAGGAGCCAGGAGUGGUGGCACACCCCUGCAAACAAGACUCUGAGACAGAGCCCAGCCUGGGGUAUUUAGCAAGACACUAUCAAAAACAAAAUCAGAAAGGAAGGAAGGAAGGAAAGAAGGAAGGAAGGAAGGAAGAUAAAGCAUGCCUCCAUUAUUUGGUUCUAACAAAAGAUGGUUUUUAUAUAGUCAUGAACAGCAAGUUUUCCCUAAACUUAAACCCUCAACCAUAUUUGGCCUUACACAUUUAAGUCAUACAAAUGGUGAGUGGUGACAGCAUUAUACCGUGAGCAACUGUAGCCUUGCAUCAGGGCCAGGUGUCCAGGUUGCAAGAAGAUCAUGAUAAAAGACAAACAAGCUGUCAGCUGCCUCAAAAUUUUAUGUUCUUCGCUAACCCCAGGGAUUGUGCCUAAGUUCUGAGGACAGAACUUAAGACAGUCUUCUUAAACAAGCUGGCUUCUUGAUCUUGGGAAAAUGCUAGCAACAUUUUAAGCAUAUUGCCUUACCUCCUGCCAAAUGUACUGUUAAUAAAGAGUUGCCAAUGCAGUCACAA